AGAGGCGCCGGAUAAUAUGAGUAGAAGAAGAAGAAUGAGGUGAAAAGCGGAAUAACGGCCUGACGCAGUUAGUCGAUGUCUGUAUGAAUUGGGAUACAUCGUGAAGUAAUGGUUAACUGUAACGGACUUUGGAUGCUGUUGUCAGUGUGCAAGGUCGAUGAAAUCCUUAGUGUUUUAAUGGACAUUACAGAGAAGAGUCCGGUGUAAGUGUCCCGCACUGUUAGCUAACGUUGAAUCUGUUGUAUUUGGAUAAUUUAACGGAAUGCAGCGGCCACCGGGCUCCACUUCCCGUUAAGCUCGGUCGAUGGACAUGAUCUCUAUUUUCCCGACGGAACAGAGUUUUGUGUUUUAGACUAAAAAGUUUGACUGAAAUUAUGGCGAACGAGUUUGUAAAGACGUUCGUGCAGAUGUGUAAUUAUCUGCAGGAUCCCUGUCAUGUUGCGAGGUUUCAGAAUUUAUGCGGCGUUCAAGGGACGUUUCCGGACAAAACCACCAAAGGGGACAGUGGACAGCCGGACCCGGACCGUCCCGGACUGAGGAAGAGGGUCCAGGCAGAGGUGGGUGUAGGGAACGGGGCAGCCGGGGACGCGACGCCGCCGCAGGUUAACGGGAUGCAGGAUGACAUUACCGGGAGGCCCGACGGCACGGCGGCCGCUACAGCCGAUACGGACACCACAAGAGCCAAACCCCUCCGGAGGAACUCCCUGACCGGGGACGGGGGUCAAGAGUUCCUCAUCCACAACAAGUUCCUCUUCUACCUAUUCACUUUUGGGACUGAGCUCGGCAACGAGAUGUUCUUCAUCAUCUUCUUCCCUUUCCUGUUUUGGAACGUGGACGCCCUGGUCAGCCGCAGACUCAUCGUGGUCUGGGCCUGGAACCUGUUCGUGGGUCAGUCCACCAAGGAUAUGGUCCGCUGGUCCCGGCCCGCCUCGCCCCCCGUGGUGAAGGUGGAGGUCUUCUACAACUCUGAGUACAGCAUGCCGUCCACACACGCCAUGACCGGGACAGCCAUACCCUUCUGUCUCUUCAUGUUGUCCUAUGGACGGUGGCAGUAUCCUUUCCUGUUUGGAUUUUGUGUGGCUCUCAGCUGGAGUGUCCUAGUCUGUGUGAGCCGAGUCUACAUGGGGAUGCAUUCCAUUCUGGAAGUAAUCACUGGCUUCCUCUACAGCCUUCUCGUUCUCGCCUUCUUCCAACCAAUUCUGGACAAGAUCGACAGCUUUUACAUGAUGGGUGACUACGCCCCCCUCGUCAUCAUUGUGUCACAUGUGAGCUUGGGCCUUGUGGCGUUCUCCCUGGAUUCGUGGAGCACCUCUCGGGGUGAUACAGCUCAGGCCCUGGGCACCGGGGCCGGGGCGGCUCUGGCUACACAUGUGAACUAUCAGUUAGGACUCUUGGAUGACCCGCCGCUGUCCUCGCUGCCUCUGACUCUACCGCCGCUCAGCAUUAGUUUGGUGGUCUGCUCCGUGCUGCGCUUCCUCGUCGGAGUGGCCGUCAUCCUCAUCACCAGAAUGUUUAUGAAGGCAGUGACUAUUCCCUUCUUAUGUCGGCUGUUCGGGCUGCCCUCAGAUGACGUACGGCAGGCGAGGCAGCACAUGAGAGUGGAGCUGCCGUAUCGUUACAUCGUCUACAGUGUUGUGGGUUUUAGUUGUGUCUUUGUGGUGCCUCUACUCUUUAGGAUCUUAAACCUGGCCUAAGUGUUGAGUGUAAACUUGUCAUUUACUGCUGACAUGUUCACCCACAUGGUGAAGGCAAACAGCACCUGGAUACAUGCGGUUUGCUUUGACCCAAAAUAAACCUGGUGAUAUUCUAUAUUUUCUUUUCACCAAUAAAAACUACCAGCUUUUCCAAAGAAGCAAAUGUGUAACAAUUUUUCCUCUGCAAACGAGACUUUUUGGUGUUCAAAAAUAAGAUCUUAAGUUAAAAAUAUCUCAGUAGGGUGUUGGUUUUGUUACUUUAUGCCUGAAAACACCACCAAAAUACACUGUCUUGCUGCUAAGUAUUCACUAGUUUUGUUUUAUUCUGGCACUGAAAAUAAUCCCCAAUAAAUGCACUUUUAACUGAUGUUUAAGAAAUAUUUUUAUGAACAACGUGAGGAUUUAUAGGAAUUUGAUCAGUGUUUUGCCAAAUGAAAGUGUUUAUGCUGAAAAAUGGAGGAAAUUGGACACUGUAAAGACGGCUUACUGCAUUUUCAGUUACAGUCCUAAUGGUGAUUGUUGGAGCAAGAAAAUAUAGAAUAUCCUUUGCUCUAUCCUUGAGCACCCACCUGUGGUCGACACAUUUAUGUGUUAACUGGAACACUGCAAAUACAGAAAUCUAUCCAAUGUACUGUAAUGAUGCUUGUAUUCAGUAAUUAUUGUACAUCUACAUCAUUUUAAUCAUCUUAUACAGGAUUAUGUUAUUGGAGAAUUCAAUGCUCUAAGAAUAAACCAAACCAAGAAUCCAUCAGGUGUGAAGUCACUUCACUUCUCAUUAGAUUCAUGUUCAUCUCUGUUACAGUAGUUUUACGGCCUCUGUUUUAACUCAACUCCUGUUUUUUCUCUUUAGAGUAAAUUCAUCUCUGUUCAGUUUUGAAUAUGAAUUCCAUUCUGAAUUCAGGAAUUCAGUUCUUUCUUGUGCUCCUUCUUUCAUAUGAUUUUUAAUUUUGGCCCAAAUGUAAUUUAAGAAUGGAUGACGUAAUCAUUGGAGUAUAACAUAAUAGAUAUUUUUGAUAAAGUAUUUUGACAUCUUAACUAUCCUAAGCAGAAAGAAAAAAAGUCUGAAUAAUUAUUUAUAAGAGGUUCCUGAAAAAUCCACAGACAUUUCAACUGUACUUCUGAACUAACAGUAUAGAAAACCGCUGACCCUACUGUGUGUAUAUAUGUUGUAUUUGUAAUCUGUUGUAAUGAUCUAAUAUAAUGUUGGAGUAUUGAUUCUUGAGCACUUACUGCUCAAAGAAUAUUUAUCUCUUACAGAUAUAUGUCUAUUAUCAACGUACAUGCACCGUCUUUUUUAUGAAAGGACCAUG